AUGCCGUUUUUCAGAGACCUCCGAAGGCGCUCAAGGGCGAGCUUCCGGACCUCCGAUUCCUCGACUGAUUCCAACGGGACAGUUCCAACGGCGAAAUCGUCGUCAACGCUCAAUUCUGCGGGAGGAAGCGUGACGCCGCCGUCUACCUAUCAUGCCAAUGGCUCGACAUCCAAUGUGCUUGCCACAGCAAAGACGAACGGAGACGCUCCCCCGAUACCUCCACGACCUAACGUCAUGGUAUCUCCCUCGAACCGCAACAGCAUGAUAACUCUGUCGCCAUCCAUCUCGACUGGCGCACUGCGUGUCCCCCCACCUACCUCUGCCUACGCUCCAAAGAUUACUUCGAUCCUUGACAACUCGGUGGUCUAUCAAAAGGUUCUCCUGGUGAGCGGUGAGAUCGGGGAUCCGAGCAUGAAAGCCUUGGAUGGCAACUUAACAGUCCAUCACGAUAAAGACGGACAGGCUUUUCCGCCCACAAACUGGCCGGUGUCGGAUUCCUAUUUUAAAGCGCUGGUCUAUCUAUCUCCUGGAUGGAAUAGGAUACGGUUCGAUUUUACGUCCCCAAAACUCAGCUCCAUCAGUAGUGCUUCGGCGCCGACAGCCCAUGCCUCGUAUAUGAUGUUGAACUACCUCCCGCUGAACAGCGCACCUCCGCUGCAUCUGGUCAUCCUUGCCGGCAAGGAUUCGGCCUGCACAUAUGACGCAGUCCCGCAGCGCGCCCAAAAUGAGGGUAAUGAUCUGUCCAUGGCCAUCAGAAAGUUUCGAAUGGCUGCGCAUCUAUGGCAGGCGUUCACAGCGGAACAGAUGUACAGAUACAAAUUUGGACGACGAUGCUUCAGAUUCGACGAGGAGUGGCAAACAGGAACACUGUCGAUGCGUGACUGGGAAACAGGCCAGAUGAAGAAUGAAACCAAGGUGCACGUUGUCCGCUCGGACAAAACUACUGCAGAGUUGCGAGAUCUACAAUACGCACAGCAGCAUUCUCCAGCAGCCAAGAAAGGAGAACUAUAUUCCAUCGCGGCAGAAGCUGUCAAGAAGUAUUUCGAUAUUCGGCCCGGUCAGAAGCAACAUGUCGCAUGUCUGCUCCUUGAUGCUCAUUGGGAUCCUGAGGCAAAGACCAUCCUAGGGCACGCCGCGUUAGGCGGGACCAGUGAUGAACUCGGAUUAGCCAUUUUCGGAUCUCAUGCCCUUCAAAGUUACCCUUCGUGCAUCGAGGAGGUUGUCCCGGCAUUCAUGGAUUGCACAAAAACCGAUCCUCAAUUCGUGGCUAACGAUUGUAAUGAGUCUGGAAGCAGUUGGGAAGCCGCAAACAUCGGCAUCGGUGCUCAUUUGCACGAAGUCGGCCAUCUGUUCGGCUGCCCUCAUCAAACCAGCGGAGUAAUGCUUAGGGAUUAUGUGCACCUCAAUCGGACGUUUGUCAUCCGAGAAGCAUAUUCGACAAGGACGAAAUCACCUGGGAUCAAGGUCUGCCGACAAGAAGACGAAUGCGGCUGGCACAGAUUGGAUGUUCUCAGGUUCCGCUACCAUCCUUGCUUCCGCAUCCCCGGUGAUGAACCUCUUGCACAAGACGAUAGUAUCCAGUACUAUCCCAUUGGCAAUGGCAAAAUCAUCUGUUCAGCGGCAACCGGAAUUGCCUUUGUAGAGCUAUGGCUUGAAGGCGACGACUUGUGUCGAUACUGGAUCGAUUUUACCAACACUGAUCCUCGCAGCAGCCUCGCCAAGCAAGUGAUACUAACUGAGAGUGACCUUCGUGGCCGCCUUCCAGAAGAUAAGAAAAAGACCAAGUUGGCUCUUGAAAUUUUCUCUGGCGGUUCGAGGAAAGAGAGGAUUGACGAUCUGGACAGUCUUUUCUCCAAAAUCAACAUUGUCAAUCUCCCACAUUCAUUUGAUUCCAGACCAGGAUUCAGGAGCAAGAAGCUCGGUCACUCGCAGUUGGAGGGCUCCAAACCAGAGGAGUUAAUCUUGGAAAGCACAUGUCUCCAAACGAAGCUCUUGACCUCUGUGAAGGUGUAUUCUGGAUAUGCACUUGAUGGAGUCGAAUUCUGUUACGAAGAUGGCCACAGCCAACUGUUCGGGAAACGUGGUGGUAAACCAGGAGGUGAUGAGUUCUUUCUUGAUACACGACGGGGCGAAACUGUCCUCGGAUUCUAUGUUCGCGCUGGGCUUUGGAUCGAUGGUAUCGAAAUUUUGACCAGUACUGGACGGAGGUCGGGGGUCUUUGGCAAUGCCACCGGUGGUUCGGGACACACUUUGAUGGCACCCCGCGGUUACAUGCUUGCUGGCAUUUCAGGUACAUGUGGACCAUGGAUAGAUGGGUUUCAAAUCAUCAUCACUCGAUAA